GUAAUUCCUGCCUCCUCUCCGUGUACCGUGCGACGUAUUUCUAAUGCUUGUCAGCCUAACAAAAUUUCUUAGACAACUUCUACAAGCGUAUACUGAUAAGAGGAGGCCAUAAAUGUAGGUAUCAAGGGGGGAACCUGGUUUAUAGGAUCAAGAUUUUCGAAUUUCUUUUUUUUUUGCUUAAUCGAUAGUUAAACUAUUCAAGAAUAUAUUCCCAAAGUUUCAGAGCCCAAUUCAAAGUAUUUUAAAAGUUAUAGAAUACAUGGUGAAUCAGCGUCGCGCAAGUAUACGAGCGCUCGGCAGGAGUAGGCCGCGCGCUCACCCGAUACUGAUACAUACGUGCUAUAUGCCGGCACGAUAUUUGAUUACACAUUCCUAUAGAUUGUCACGUAGAUGUAUGAGUGUAUGCGUGUCUAUGUGUGUGCACGUGAGUAUAGUUUAUAGUUUCAACGAUCUACAGUCUUGCUCUGAUUCUCGACGAGUAAAGAGUUUCUAUUUAGCAAAAGUCGUUUGACAGUUUUAAAUAUAUAUCCAAAAGGCUCAAGAAGUACUUCGCAGCGCAUUUCGAAACCGCCGAAAAGAAGAUUUCGUGGCAACCAGCAUUCCAAGAAUGAAAGUGAUAAUUUAGACGAGAGUGCGAUCAGUGCGAAAAAAUUAAAUACAGCGAGUACUGAUAAUAUUAUUGUGAAUCCGUAACAUUAUUAUAGAAUCAUAGAAAAAGAAAAACUUAUAAGUCCACUUUGACUUUGAAUCCGUAUGGCGAAGAUUGCCCUGUAAAAAAAAGUGAGUGCGUCGGACGCGUUCAGAAGCGGAUGGGGACGCGGCUUCGAAAUAUAAGAAAAAAAGGAGAAGCUUGGCGGCAAGAGGAGAUUGACCGAUCUCGUCAUAAAAAAAUUAAUCACUUACUACGGUUUAGCCAUAAGACGAAAUGUAGAUUCUGCGGGUGAUAUGAAAAAGAGCAUAAUGGCAACACUCUACCACUAUUGCUCGACCGAUGAAAAGCCGAAACAUGGAAAUUGCCCCGCAGGCGCCGACAGUUGGUGCGAGUGGCGCAAAGCUGAAGCCGCCGGUCAACUCGUAAACUAUAAACAUCCUGCUCCAGUUAUAAAGUCUGAUAUUGAGAAACACCUUACUUCGAUCUAUGAAGAUCUUUCCAAUGAAGAUCUUUUGACUAGAUGUUUAGGCGGGCACACACAAAAUUCCAACGAAUCCUUCAAUUCGACUGUGUGGCGUAUCGCUCCCAAACACCUCAAUUCGGGCUUUAAAAUUGUUCAAAUCGCUGCAUAUUUGGCUACUGGCAUCUUUAAUGAAGACUACACUGCCAUUUUAUUAACGAUGCAGUUAUUAGAAAUCAAUAUCGGCCAGCAAUGUAAAAUGUUCGUUGAUAAUUACGAUGCGCAGCGAGUUACGAGAGGGGAGCGGCGCCGAAGCAGCACGACCAAGGAAGCUCGCACAGCUCGUAGACUGGAGCAAAUGCAACGAGACGAGUUUUAUGAAGAAGCUGAAGGCUUGCGGUAUGGCCCUGGUACAGCUGAUUAGCAUAAGAUUGCGGCUACAUUUUUCCCGCAGAUUGGCAACUCGGUUGGCGAGGCGCUCUGAUUAGAGAUACACCAUGGCGCCAUUUUGCAAUUAUUUUACAAUAUAAAAAUUUUUUUUACAUCUUCAAAUAGGCAGUUAAAUAUUAUAAAAGUUUUAGGAACCUCAACUGCAUCAUUGUCAAUAAAAAAAAUUCAUAAAAAUCUCCUUUUUUUAGCCUCUUAAACCAGGUUCCCUCUUUAAGCUACGAUGCGAGGCUCGCGAGAUUUAUGUCUAAAGCAUAGAGAUUGCAGAAGAACGGUUUUAGCGCAGAGAGUUAAUCCGUUAAACAGCCAAAGAAAACAGCCCCAACGGUACGGUUAUGUCAAUAACAACUAAAGUUCUCUCAGCGUAAUCGCUUGGUCGAUCGAUGGGUGAUGGCGUCUCGAUACUUAAGAAGAACAAAAACAGACGUAAAACUCAUAUCUUCGCUUUAGUUUCUACCAACUUUAAGGCACAGCAACGUUACUCUCCAAACCCUAUUAAAGAACACGGAAUGUUCGCCAUGUUCUUUGAGACGAUACGAGCUGUUUGUUUCGAAAGCGGUGUGCGCGAGAAAUAAACAAGAUACGUUUGAUUCGACUCUAUACACUUUAUAUCUUUUCGCAUGUGUUUUGAGCUGAACGCUUAGGUUGGUUAGUCCUCAUUCUCAACUUCAUUAUUAAUGCGACACAUUCGCGUCGGGUGAAGGCAGUUCAGAAUCACGCUCAGUUAGCGCUAAAUGAAGGCGCGACGUCAAAGUUCAGCUGAGACCGCCUUCGUUGAGCAAACUGCUCGUAUCUUCACCCAGACUCGAUCGAGAGCGUAUCACGACGUGAUCCAACACACAAACAAGUGAUCGUUUUACCCAAGAGCGGACACAUAACGGCGCCCCGCAGACGGUACGUAAA